CAGCCCUUCUUUCCCUUCUUUCCCUUACGCGAGACAAUCCAGCCCUGCGAUUUUCCUUCUUGCAACUGAAGCCAACGACGACCGACAAAGCCAACAACCGCGACCCACCACACAUCCGACCACCGCCGCGACUCCGGUCGAACCACCACCGUCCCUUCUCUCUCUCUCUCUCCUCUACUCCAAACAAGAUGACGCCAAGACAAAAGCACACUAGAGGUGUUGGUGCCAGUUCUAGCAGGGCCAAUGCUGCCCGGUACCAACCGAAGUUUCCACUACUCAGGGAUGAGCUGAAGUACGUUGAGCUGCUACCUAAAAGCAUGGGCACUUUGUACUACCCUAACGAGGCCUCACUCACUAGAGCAGGAGUGAGAGAUGAGGUGAUGCACCUCCUGCGACGGGGGUGGUGGAGGCAUCUCUUCUAUGUGAUUACAGACCCCACAUAUAUAGAGAUUACAUGUGAGGUUUUGGCCACAUUUCGGAUGACCAAGGAGAUUGCUAUCGAGGACAACCAUAGGCCCGUCAUCAAGUUCCAGGCAUUUGAGGACGAGCAUGCCAUUUCCAUGGCAGAGAUGUACUAUCAUUUGGGGUUUACUAGAAUCGAGGAUGAUGGUCAACAUGAGGUCAUUUGGACAGACUUCCCACCCAACGUUAACCGCCAGACCUUUUGGGAGUCCAUUACUAAUGGGGGUGGAGAAUACCGGCCGAAGAUGUCUCCGAGCACGCUCCUCUAUCCACGACAGUACCGUAUCAUUCAUACCCUUCUCUCAUCCACUAUCCCCGGCAAAGCCGAGGUUGCCAGAAAGGUCACUGCUACAGAACUAUUAUGCCUUUACUGCAUAGUCCAUAAUAGUAAGCGCCACAUGGGCUAUCUCAUUGCCAAGCUCCUCCACCGCCAGGCCACGAACCAUAUUAAGUCCAUAUUUGUUGGCCCAUUCAUCACUCGACUACUGACGAGGAUGGGCUUUGGAGACCGAUUUGAGAGGAUGGAGGAGAGCUCCAGUUUUCUUUCAUUGACCCGGCUUUCCAAGGUCAACACCGGAGUGGCGAGGAGGAGGCCACAGGUGCAGCCGGCGGCAGCAGCAGGAGGAGGAGGACAACGGGAAGACGAUGAUGAUAAUGAUGAGAGCGAUGAGGAGAUGGAGGAAUCUGCACACGACAUUCCAUAUGAUGCACCCCCCUAUGGCCGCACGUUUCCUGAUACUUGGGCGGGGGUGCACGCGCAUCAGGACGCCGUUUACCAUCAGCUUUCCGUAGAGCAGCAUGAGCGGUUUGACCAGAUGAGAUUUGAGCAGCAUGACUUCUACAGAGAAAUGAGGGAGGAUCAGGCGAUGCACUACACACAGCUGCAGUUCCAAUAUACGCAGAUUGAUGAGCGCCUCACUUCAUUGGAGGAUAGCAGGCGCUCAUUCUUUGAUGGAUACCCGCCGCCUCCGCCUCCUGAGCACUAGAGUUCAUUAUUAGAUUCUGUUGGAUGACUGUACACCUUAAACACUCUCACACUCUCACAUUUUUAUACUUAACUCUCUAUUAUGUUUUGCUUUGUUGUUAAAUGAUGUGUUGCAGCUCAAAAGAAUGCUUAAUGGAUGUGCCUACAAUGAAUGUUAUUUGUUAACUCUUUCUCCUG